UGUACGUGACACACGUGCAACCCCCACUCACUGUGAACUCUGUGGGGCUAUGGACAACCUGAUGUUGUGCUCCAGGUGUAGGGAUACGUGGUAUUGUUGUCGUGAACAUCAAAAGACGCACUGGAAGACCCAUAAAAAAGAGUGUGGUCCCAAAAACCCAUUCAUUCUCGGAACGUCCGCGAGCAGCGUCGAUAGUUACAGUGCUAUCACAACAACACCGUACAACAUCAUCAACGACUGCCAAACAGCUGAUCACCCUAUAAAUAUAGUAAACAAUCGGCAACUUCCUCGAUCGUCAGAACUUGGUGGCUUUGUUCACGACGUGCAAUACAGUUCCCAGGCUCCCGCUGAAUUCAUCGCAGCUGGCUCAAAUGAAAUAGGAUUUCACCGCUCACCAUCGUACAACCUUACACCCAUCGAUAUUAUUGACAGUCAGUCGAAUUGUUAUCGCAGUGACGCCGGUGACUGUGGCGGCCUGAACAUGGGCCUCAGUCGCACACCUCCCGGCCCAGGUACUUACAUGGACCAACAUGGUAGAACGAAACAAUUUCGCGAGCUUUCAGACUACGUUGCGAAGUGUAUGAACCAACACGGCAUAUGUGUGGUGGACAAUUUUCUGGGCGAUAUGCCGGGGGAGGAAAUUCUAAAAGAAGUCCAGGACCUGCAAUCGCGCGGUACUUUUCAAGAUGGGCAGCUUGUUAGUUCUAAGGGCGUUCAAUCCUCCCAAAACAUUCGCGGUGAUCAAAUUACGUGGGUUGACGGAACCGAACCGGGUAGUAAAGCAAUUUCAUAUUUGGUAUCUAGUAUGGACACUUUACUCAUGUAUUGCGGACAACGCCUAAAACCUGUUUCCAUUCGUGGAAGAACCAAGGCUAUGGUAGCUUGCUAUCCCGGCAGCGGUAAGGGAUACGUAAGGCAUGUAGAUAAUCCAAAUGAAGACGGCAGGUGUAUAACAUGUAUUUAUUAUUUAAACAAAGGAUGGGAUAGUCGGGAGACUGGCGGUCUGCUACGAAUAUAUCCUGAAGGCAGGAGUGAAGUUGCCAAUAUAGAGCCUAUCUUUGAUAGAUUGUUGUUUUUCUGGUCUGAUAGGCGCAAUCCGCAUGAGGUAUUACCAGCUUAUGCUAUCAGGUAUGCCAUUACUGUUUGGUAUUUUGAUACCGGAGAGAGGCUACGUGCAAAGCAAAGAUAUAGACUGCCAGUUGAAAGUGAGAAACAUCCAAAGUGGACUCCUCAACAUCAUCCGUUGCCUGUUACUAACGAAGUGCCACACCCUCCUGAAUGGAGCGCCAGGUACAUGAACGACAACACUUAGCUACAGACAUUUACAACGUUCACGUGUACC